GUGAGUGGAACUAAAAUCCGGGAAAACCCCAGCAAUGGUUAGGGCACGACCCGCAGUUUCAAAGUAAUUUUCUGGCGUUUCGCUCCUGAUCGCUGUCGUGUUGGUAGCGCGCUCCCGGGUCUCACCUAAACGUCAUAGGACGCGGUCAGUGUAGUUACUGCUCUGUUCGCUUCUGUACAACUUUCACAUAUUCUCCUGCACAGGAUCGCACCAAAGGAGACCCCCAGUUCAGGUUGAAAUAUCAGCGAUGGGCGAGCGGGUGGAUUUAAAUCACUUAUUUUUUAUUGGAUUUUCUGUCAUGGUGUUUUGGCACGCAAGAUCGAGAGCAGACGAGACGGCCACAGACGCCUUCAAAAAUAACAUCACCCUGUUCACCAGGAUCCUGGACAGGCUCUUGGAUGGCUACGAUAACCGGCUGCGACCAGGACUGGGGGAUCGAGUCACGGAAGUGAAGACAGAUAUAUACGUCACAAGUUUUGGCCCGGUGUCGGACACAGACAUGGAGUACACGGUAGACGUGUUCUUCCGGCAGAGCUGGAAGGACGAGCGGUUGAAGUUCAACGGCCCGAUGAACAUCCUUCGCCUCAACAACCUGAUGGCGAGCAAGAUCUGGACGCCGGACACCUUCUUCCACAACGGAAAGAAAUCUGUGGCCCACAACAUGACCAUGCCCAACAAGCUCCUGAGGAUCAUGGAGGACGGAACGCUUCUUUACACCAUGAGGUUGACGGUACAGGCAGAGUGUCCCAUGCACUUGGAAGACUUCCCCAUGGACUCACACUCCUGUCCUCUGAAGUUUGGCAGCUAUGCCUACACGCUCUCCGAGGUGACGUACGUUUGGACUCGAAACGCCACUAAUUCCGUGGCUGUGGCACCGGAUGGGUCCCGGCUGAACCAGUACGACCUGCUGGGACAGACUGUUGGGGAAGAAACCAUUAAAUCCAGUACAGGUGAAUACACAGUCAUGACGGUGCAUUUCCACCUGAAGAGGAAGAUUGGAUACUUUGUCAUCCAGACCUACCUGCCCUGCAUCAUGACCGUCAUCCUCUCCCAGGUGUCCUUCUGGCUCAACAGAGAAUCUGUGCCCGCCCGAACCGUCUUUGGGGUGACCACCGUUUUGACGAUGACGACGCUGAGCAUCAGUGCCCGUAACUCCCUCCCCAAAGUUGCCUACGCCACCGCCAUGGACUGGUUCAUUGCCGUCUGCUACGCCUUCGUCUUCUCAGCACUCAUCGAGUUCGCCACCGUCAACUACUUCACCAAGCGGGGCUGGGCCUGGGACGGGAAGAGCCUGGUCAACGACAAGAAGAAAGAGAAGGCCUCUGUUGGGAAAAAGAACAACGCGUACGCUGUCGCCGUGGCCAAUUACGCGCCCAACAUCACCAAGGACUCUGCCCUCCCCACCAUCUCCAAGGGCGCGACCUCUGACCCCGGCAAGGUCAAGUCCGAGGCCAAGCCAGCGGAGAACAAAAAGACAUUCAACAGCGUCAGCAAAAUUGACCGCAUGUCGCGGAUUAUGUUCCCGGUUCUGUUUGGGUCCUUCAACCUGGUUUACUGGGCUACCUAUCUCAACAGAGAGCCUGUUAUCACCGGCCUGGUUCCCUCCAAGUAGAGGAGCUGAACACGGUUUACCGUGCUCUGGAUAAAAGACUCCAGAUGUGCCAAAUAUGGCCAGACCCGACCAUCUCCACACCUCGGUAGACUGGCCUGAGACGACAACAGUGACUUUUUUAACCUUUUUACUUCCACAGUGCUUUUAAUAUGAUCACUGUAAAUAAGCGGUUACACGUGCAUUUGUCCAUAGUUUGUACUGUAUGAUGUUUGGGCAGUUCCAGAAGGAAGAAAGAUGUUUCGUCACACUUUAGUCACGCUUGCAGGUGUGGGAGGUUGCAUCUCCUACACCUAUGAGUGCUCUGUAAAAUGCUGUGAGAACACUUUGUUACAAAAUAAUUUGUAUUUACAUGAAAGAUGGGAUGAGGUUAAAUGUACCUGAAAUGGUACAGAGAUGUAUUGUGGCAGUUGUAAUUACGGUGCAAUUGCAGCUGUGUAAUGUAACGUGUUAAGGGAGAUAGGGGGGAACUGCAGCACUCAGUAUGUAUUUACAGUACAGUGUGUAUUAUGGAUUCCUUCUCCUGUCUCACCUUGUUCACUGCUUCUUAUUUGAAGCUGUUGUUUGCAUCAAGAAUCUCUGUUCUUUGUUCAGUGUGUGAAAAAUAUCAGUGGACCAAAACUGCUGCAGUCACUUCAGCUCAAAACCUUAAAAUCAUACAUUUAAAAUCAUCACUUACUCAGAUCCUAGGAAUACACAUUUUUGACCUGUAUUUUCUUUGCAUUUUCACCUAGAUUGUGCACAAAAACAGCUUCACUUCCUUUUAUUGUUCCCUGUCAUUUACAUUUGAAUAAUCUGUUUGUGAAAGGCUGCAUGAAACAGCUUCCAAUGUUAUGUGUGUACACAUUUUAUGUAUUAGUAACAUCAAUGCUUUUAUAUUUACACCCUAGUUUCUCUUUUGCCCAGACUUGAUGAUUUCUUGGUUUGAGCCAAACAUUUUGUUACAUUAACACAGCAAGAAAAACUUUGCAGGGAAAAACUCUUAAUGUGUAUUAACUUUCUCCACUUUUGUUCAAGAACUGAAUAUCAUAUCAAACCCAGGAACUAGGAAGCCUUCAGAACAAAAUCUCUAAUUGAAGUUAUACUAUCUUUUCAGUACAUAUGCUGCAGAUCAUUCUGGAUAUUUCUUUGGUUUUCAAUUAAUGUUUUGAAACACAGUUGCCUUCCCUUUUCUUUAUUUUGAGAUAUUUUUGCUGUUGUUAGUUGAUGAAAAUGAAAACCGUUGUUUAAAACAUUUUUAUUGUAAGUAAAAUGUGGUAUAGUAGAAUUGUUGCUGUAUUGUGCACUUAUUUAAUGUAAAAAUGUGAAGUGCACAAUAUUAAAAUUCAGAACACUGUUUACUUGAAAUACACAAUCUGACAAAAUGACUAUUUUUGAUUGUGAAAAUAAAGUAACUUCACUGUGAAUAAAAA